AGAAAACUAAAAACCUACAUUCUCCAAACAAAGAAAGUAACAAGCUAGCCUCCCAUUCGUCAACAUUAUGGCUAGAUCCACUGUUGUCAAGUUAGCUUGCGCUGCAGUGGUGAUAUAUAUUGUGGUCGUUGCACCACAUGCCGAGGCAGCCAUUACAUCAUGUAACUCAGUUUUGAGCAAUGUAACCCCUUGCCUUGCCUACCUUAGGGGAGCCACCGCCCCAAACAAGCGUUGUUGUGACGGAGUUAACGCCGUAAACGACUUAGCUGUCAGCGUUGCCGAUCAGAACUUUGCAUGUCGUUGCAUCAAAAACUUUUCUGGUGACAUUAUGGGAAUCGAUUACUCUAAAAUUCCUGAUCUCCCUGGAAAAUGUGGUAUCGGCCAAUUUGACUACCCAAUUACCGACAAAGGCGAAACCAAAUGCAACAAGUACUAUGAAGAAUAUUAAGGAUGUGACAAUCAAGUCAAUGUUCGACGUUAGACAAAACAAGUGGGUCUCACUAUUUCUGUUAAACUCUAAGUAUCAUGGUAUAUUGUUGCCUUGUAAUUUGUAUUUCUCUUGAGGAACAAACGACAUGUGACACGUCAACUAAACAAGGAUUUUUGUUUCUAUUUAAAGAUAACUAGUUUUUAGGCCCGUGCACUGCACGGGCUUAUAUGCGUAAAUAGUUAUUUUUUUUUGGAGUACACAAAGUUAAAGAUAACAUACUAUGUAUCAAAUAGCAUUUUCAACCAAAUUAUAAUUAUCA